AUGCUUCUCCCACGGCGAGCGGUCAUCUUCCUCGGCGUCUGCUUCUUCCUCGUCUUCCUCACAUCCCGAAGCCUCUCACGACCAUGGCGUGACGUACCCCAAGUCAUCGGCCUGGGUGACCUGGUCUCCUCGUCCUACAACACAACAGGAGCCUGGAACACGACCCGCGGCCACACAAACAACGACCUCUAUGCCCCGCCGCCGGACUUCAUCCCAGGCACCCCUAAGCCCCCGGGCUACAAAUACUCCAAAGUGCUGGUGGUGACCCGAACUAAGGGCGAAGACACCAAGUGGAUCGCCGAGGAAUUGCCAGAUUGGGACCAUGCCAUCUACGUAGCAGACGAUCCCACAGCGCCGCUGCACCCGCCCAAGAACAAAGGCCACGAGGUCAUGAUCUACCUCACCUACAUCGUUGACCACUACGAUCAACUCCCAGAUGUGGCGGUGUUCAUGCACUCGCACCAGUUCGCCUGGCACAAUGAUAACCUCUUCGCCGGAGACGCAGCGCAGCUGCUCCGCCGCCUCAAUCUAAAUCGUGUCAUCCGCGAGGGCUACAUGAACACUCGCUGUGGGUACGGCCCGGGCUGUCCAGCCUGGAUGCACCCCGGGGCUCUCGAGGAAGACGAGUCGAAACAGGAGGAGAUCAUGCUGGCCCGCGCGUGGGGGGAGCUGUUCCCCGACCAGGAGAUCCCGUCUGUGCUGGCGCAGCCGUGCUGUGCGCAAUUUGCCCUGUCCCGUGAUCGAAUUCGCUCCAUUCCGCGGGCCCGGUUUGUUUUCUAUCGCGAUUGGCUGCUGUCGACCGAUUUGAGUGAUUACAUCACUGGUCGCAUCUGGGAGUAUCUGUGGCAGUUUAUCUUUACCGGGGAGGCUGUUCUCUGCGUUGAUGAGAGUGUGUGUCUUUGUGACGGAUAUGGGUUUUGUUUUGGCGGAAAUGAGGAAUGGAAUAAUUACCGAGAAGCUGAAACGAAGAAGAAUGAGAUCCAGCAGGAAUUGGAUAAUUGGAUGUGGUUGUCCGACCUUGGGUUUGGUGACCCUGCUGAAUCGGGCGACUCUGCUGGAUCGGAUGACCCUGAAGGUGACAAAGGCAAUGACCUUGUUAACCAACUUCAGGAGAAGCAGCAGGAGCUCAUUGAGACUCUGCAUUCUGCUAUGGAACGUGGCAAGAACCCUCAGUACCGUGCCCAGGAGGCUGGUCGUCCUUGGAAAGAGGGGGAUGGGUUCUAA